AUGUCGGUCAGCAGAAAGGAUUGGUCCGCGCUGUCCAGCCUGGCCAGGCAGCGGACUUUGGAGGAUGAAGAGGAACAGGAGCGAGAACGCAGGCAGAGGCACUGCAACCUGAGUUCAACCACAGACGAUGAAUCUCCAAAAGUCACCCAGAAUGGAGCUCAGAGAUCUGUGGAGAGGCUGCCCAGUGUGGAGGAAGCAGAGGUCCCCAAGCCAUCACCCCCAGCCUCCAAAGAUGAAGAGGAAGACAUCCAGGCCAUCCUUAGGACUCGGAAGGAACGGCGACAGAGGCGGCAGGUGGUAGAGGCUGUCCAGGCUCCGGUGCAGGAGAGGCUAGAGGGGUAAAAGGACAGCCCAGACCCCGAGCAGACCUCAACUCAGCCCCUUGUGCCUAAGAAGAAAGCGGAGCCCCUGCCUCGCCGGAGACUGAGCCGGGAGCAGCGAGGCCCUUGGGCCCAGGAAGAAGAGCACCUAAAGGGAAGAGAGCUUGGGGGAGGGGGAAAGGGGCUUCAAGAGGAGGCAGAGGUCCAGCAGAAGACCUUGGUCUCUGAGAAAGCGCCUGGCCCAGAGAAGACUCCAGUGCCUGCCAAGAGACUGGCUUCCGAGAAAGCCUGCCCCUCAGAGAAGGGGGCAGCCACAGAGAAAGCAUCCCCGACUGAGAAGAAACACAGCCCAGAGAAGUUGGUUCCAGAAAGAACGAGUGUGUCAGACAAGUCACUGGUCCCUGAGAAGACACUCACGUCUCUGAAGACAGGAGCACCAGAGAAAAGGUCUGCUCCAGUUCUAGAAAAAUCCGUGGUCUCUGAGAAGAUGCAGGAGAGGCGGCUGGUGUCAAAGAAAGCAUCCAUCUUCGAGAAGUCAAUAGUCUCAGAAACAAAGCUGACUCCAAAGAAGGCAACGGCCUCAGAGCAGCCCCCAGCCCCUGGGGGAAGCCAGGCUACCACAAGGGAGUCCAGAGGGAAGGCUGUCCCUGGGAAGAGCCCACCUUCCUCUGCAGAGCAGGGUACAACAGACCCUCCAACUAAGGCUUCUCGCUUCUCACCCAUCACACUCCAGGUGAAAAUUCCCAGCAAGGAUGAAGAGGCAGACAUAUCCUCACCUACUCUGCUCACCUACAGCAGCUCCCUCAAACGCUCCAGCCCCAGGACCAUCUCUUUUCAGAUGAGCCCCAGGAAAGACAACUCAGAAACAACCUUAACCCGCAGUGCCAGUGUGAGGCUGCCAGCUAGCACGGUGAAGCUGGGAGAGAAACUGGAGAGAUACCAUACAGCCAUACAGAGAUCCGAAUCUGUCAGGUCUCCAGGCUCCUCCCGCACUGAGGUUCUUGUGACUCCUGUCAGUGUAGCCAGCAAGCGCCACCUCAUUGAGAAGGAGCUGGCCGGCCAGAGCCGCACAGAACCAACCAUCAGAAAGGAGAAUCUGCGACUGUCAGGGGUUGUGACAUCAAGACUUAACCUAUGGAUCAGCAAGACCCAGGAUUCUGGAGACCAGGGCGCGCAGGAGGUACAGAAAGAGGCAUCCGUCACCAGGAGGGCUCAGUGGGGAAACAAAUCGGCCAUGUCCCUGGAUGCCGAGGUGUGAAA